AUGGGAGCACACGCCACUGGACCGUUCGAGCCGCAACCGGCCGCUCCCGAACUCGCGAACCGAGCCCGUCUGCCGAUCGGGUCAGUCACUCCGUCGCACGACCCCAUCCGACACGAGUAGAGCUAAUCGUUCCAUCUCGCACUCGAUAGGUGGCGUGACCAGUGCGGAAAGUCAGUCGCCCCUUGCCAUCGACCCGCGCAGGCCCAGCCCAGCCCAGUCCAGUCCAGUCCAGUCCAGUCCAGUCCAGCUGAGCCUCCCACUUGCGCUCCCUCGCACAGACUGCUGGUCCCGUUGAACGUGUGCCGACACGAGAACCUCUACAUGACCUGGAGUGAGUACACGUCUAGCCAAAGUUGCCCGUAGCGAGCGCACUGACUGACUGCUCCCCUCCUGCAUCAGAAUGCGACCACGAGAAGUACGACCCACUCCGAGACCCACUGGCCAUCGACAUAACCUGAUCACUAACGUGUAACGUGUAACGUGUAACGUGUACCGUGUAUACUCUACCCCGCCUUCUCAUUCGUUGCCUUCGUCCCACAGGCACGUCUACGAAAAGUAAGUUCCCAACCGCCGUCGAGCGAGCGCCCGCACGUCGACGCCGAACUGACGAACCAACCCCUCUCCUCCUUGUUUGCUCUCACCCAUAGGUGCCAAUACGACGAGUCAGUAUCUCAGUGAAUGUCACGUACACCCCCUGCAUUCCGCUGACGCUCUCAUUCUUCUCCACCGCGCUCGGCUCACAUCCGUCCCCACCCCUCGUCUUCUCACCCCGUGCUCAGCUACAUGAACCGUAUGAAGCAACUCGACAAGGCCGAAAGGAAGCGAAGAGAGGCGGAGGAAUAG